AUUCAAUGCGAUAUCUUUGCCCGCAAGGAGAAGCUUGUCGAGUCAAGUGGACAUGCAGUGACCCAAGAAUACUUAGCACAGUGCCGAUUCGUGGCAGCUGGAUUGCGGCUAAAUCUAUGUCAUGAGGGAAUCAAUCCGGCAGCAGAUUCAAAUAAUUUAGUGGAGCUGCGUGGGUGUAAGAGAGUGAGGGUCGAUGACAGUGGGGUUCCUCUGUUUCUGAAGAAAUCUUACACUGAGCCUAUGAUAACACGGAAAUCUCUAAAGUGCUUUCUUACUGUGAACAAGCCUAUCCAUUUCACUAUGUCAGACUUGGCCGCGCCUCUGCGCAGUUUGAAUAUCAACAACAUCAACCCGCGUGUUAAAGAAGCCAAGUAUGCCGUGAGGGGAGAGCUCGCUGUCAGGUCUGAAGAAUAUCGAGCACAGUUAGCCAGGGGUAAUCAUGAGCUACCUUUCAAUCAGAUAAUAUCCGCCAACAUAGGAAAUCCUCAACAGCUCGGCCAGAAGCCGAUAACUUUCUUCCGUCAGGUUCUCAGCUUACUUGAAUACCCCACUCUCUUAGAGAAUGAAGAUGUACUCCUUAAACAAUUAGGAUACAAGGUAGAUGUUAUUGAACGAGCAAAAUGGCUGUUAAAAUCUGUAGGCGCCAUUGGUGCCUACAGCGCUAGUAAUGGUGCACCUGCCAUCAGAGAGAGCAUCGCAAAUUUUAUAGAAAGACGAGAUGGCCAUCCGGCAGAUCCCAAGGAUAUUUAUCUUUCAGCUGGCGCCUCUUCUGGAGUGAACACCUUGCUAAGCAUUAUAUGCGCAAAGCCUACAACGGGAGUUUUGGUGCCAAUUCCACAAUAUCCCCUGUAUACAGCGACACUUUCAGUCUUAGGUGCCAAAUGCGUUCCAUACUAUCUUGACGAAUCAAAGGGAUGGGGAACCGAUGUUGAAGCUAUCAAGGCUGCAUAUGAGCAGGCCAUUUCUGAGGGCACAGACGUGAGAGCUAUUGCCAUUAUUAAUCCUGGAAAUCCGACAGGUGCCAGUCUAUCUAUGAACGACAUCAAGGCAGUAAUCACCUUCGCUGCCGAAGCGAAAUUGGUUAUUCUAGCAGAUGAGGUUUAUCAAACCAAUGUUUUUAAGGGUGAAUUCUACAGCUUUAAGUCGGUGCUUCGAAACCUACAAAAAGCUGUUCCCAAAGUUUAUGAUUAUGUGGAAUUAGCUUCAUUACACAGCAUAUCUAAGGGUAUGGUCGGAGAGUGUGGACAUCGUGGUGGAUACUUUGAAUUAGUAGGCUUUGAUCCAGAGGUUCAACAAGAAAUAUACAAGUUUGUUUCCAUUGGAUUAUGUGCUCCAGUUGUGGCUCAAUGUCUGGUGGAAUUAAUGGUGAACCCACCACGAGAAGGUUCACCUAGCUACGAAUUGUAUCGGCAAGAAUACGAUGGAAUAUUUAACAGUCUUAAGACGCGAGCCUUUGCCCUUUAUGAAGCUUUCAAGGAAAUGGAGGGUGUCGAGUGUGAUGAACCUCAGGGCUCCAUGUAUCUCUUUCCCACAAUAAAGUUAUCAAGUAAAGCCGUCGAAGCUGCAAAGAAAGAAGGUCGUUCUCCCGAUGAAUACUAUGCUUUUCGACUACUCGAGGCCACCGGUAUUUGCGUCGUCGCUGGCUCUGGCUUUGGUCAGAAAGAGAACACUUUACACUUUCGAACUACAUUUUUAGCUCCUGGCACCGAGUGGGUCAGCAACAUUGUAAAAUUUCACCGUGAAUUUAUGGCUGAAUUUAGCUGA